AUGCAAAGUAGACAUGAGCUCAAGUUCGGUGUCGAGGGCCGGGCCUCGCUUCUUGCCGGUGUAGAGACUCUAGCAAAGGCUGUUGCCACCACAUUAGGUCCUAAGGGCAGAAAUGUUUUGAUUGAGUCCAGCUAUGGCUCACCCAAGAUCACAAAGGACGGUGUUACUGUCGCUAAAGCCAUCAGCUUGCAGGACAAGUUCGAAAACCUCGGUGCUCGAUUGCUACAGGAUGUCGCCUCAAAGACCAACGAGUCGGCCGGUGAUGGUACUACUAGUGCUACCGUACUAGCACGAGCCAUCUUCUCUGAGACUGUUAAGAACGUUGCUGCUGGUUGUAACCCCAUGGACCUUCGCCGUGGUACCCAGGCUGCUGUAGAUGCUGUUGUUGAAUACCUCCAGAAGAACAAGCGUGACAUCACUACAAGCGAAGAGAUUGCUCAGGUUGCUACUAUCAGUGCGAACGGAGAUACUCACAUUGGCAAGCUCAUUGCCAAUGCCAUGGAGAAGGUUGGUAAGGAAGGUGUCAUUACUGUCAAGGAGGGCAAGACCUUGAACGACGAACUUGAGGUCACCGAGGGUAUGCGAUUCGACCGUGGUUUCGUUUCGCCGUACUUCAUUACCGACGCCAAGGCUCAGAAAGUUGAGUUUGAGAAGCCUCUCAUCCUCCUUUCUGAGAAGAAGAUCUCCGCCGUUCAGGAUAUCAUCCCCGCCCUCGAGGCCUCGACUCAGAUGCGCCGUCCCCUUGUUAUUAUUGCUGAGGAUAUUGACGGUGAAGCUCUCGCCGUUUGCAUUCUCAACAAGCUCCGUGGCCAGCUUCAAGUUGCUGCGGUGAAAGCUCCUGGCUUUGGUGACAACCGCAAGUCCAUCCUCGGCGAUAUUGCUGUGCUUACCAACGGAACCGUUUUCACCGAUGAGCUCGAUAUCAAGCUAGAGAAGGCCACACCCGAUCUACUUGGUUCUACCGGUUCUAUCACAAUAACUAAGGAAGAUACCAUCAUCUUAAACGGUGAGGGUAGCAAGGACGCUAUCGCCACUCGCUGUGAACAGAUCCGUGGUGUCAUGUCAGACCCUGGUACCUCCGACUACGAGAAAGAGAAAUUGCAAGAGCGCCUAGCCAAGCUCUCUGGCGGUGUUGCUGUUAUCAAGGUCGGCGGUUCCUCAGAGGUUGAAGUGGGUGAGAAGAAAGACCGAUUUGUAGACGCUCUAAACGCUACCCGCGCCGCUGUUGAAGAGGGCAUCCUGCCCGGUGGUGGCACUGCCCUCCUCAAGGCCUCCGCUCAUGCCCUCAAGGAUGUUAAGCCUUCCAACUUCGAUCAGCAACUUGGUGUGAGCAUCAUCAAGAACGCAAUUACCCGACCUGCUCGCACUAUCGUCGAAAAUGCUGGUCUGGAGGGUUCGGUCGUUGUUGGUAAGCUGAUGGAUGAAUUUGGUGCCGACUUCAACAAGGGCUUUGAUAGCUCCAAGGGCGAGUACGUCGACAUGAUCCAGGCCGGUAUCCUCGACCCCUUCAAGGUUGUCCGCACUGGCCUCGUAGAUGCCAGCGGCGUCGCUUCUCUGCUCGGUACCACAGAAGUUGCCAUCGUCGAGGCGCCAGAAGAUAAACCUGCAGGCGGUAUGGGCGGCGGCAUGGGAGGUAUGGGAGGCAUGGGUGGCAUGAUGUAA